AUCUUUCUCUUUCCCUCUUUCAUCUGCUUGCUACGCACAUCAUAGCGCCGGGAUCGUCACAUAUUAAUCUCGCAGAAAUCGCGAGGCUUUCACGUAACCGCACGCGACACGGUAGAUUUAAUGAGCGGCCGUCGUUGCAACAAUAAUGUGCAAGAGACACGUGCACUAAGCUAACCUAAAAUCCCGUUUUCUUAGAAAUACGAUCGAUUUUUCAUUACAUACCACGUGAUCCUACAGUUCUUAUUUUAGUGGGAUCGUCGUUAGAUCAGAUGAUCGUAGUUAAAAAGUUACGGGGAUGUUUUAUUUAGAAUGAGAUCCUUCGGCAUUUCUGCGAAUUUACUUGGGAAAUAGAGACUGCGGCUCUCUCCUAUGGAUAAAUAAAUUACUUGAGUUUACCUUCAUCUGUACAAUUGAAUGGCGAAUUGUUUGAAAUCCCUGGCGAUCGUGUAUAGAUUAUUCGAAAAUAUCUGUCCAUCGAUAUUAAUACAAGCUAUGAAAAAAAGUUGAUACAAAUGGCUGAGCGAUAUCGUUCAAGAUAUCGAGAAAAGUUCAAGUUGUUGAAUAUUGUUGAAAUGAAAUUUUUUCCGUGUACCAUUAUGAAUCGCCAGACGCUUCUCUCCGUGAAUAGCGAGCUGAAUAAUUAGUUAUCCCUCGCGCUUCUUCUCCCUGUCUCCUAUCAUACCUCGCAUUCUAAAUUAAGUUACUUUAAUUAUCCGCCGCAGCAACGGGUGAACGGAUAAAACGCGUCACGUAACACAAAGGUGAACGUCUGUCCCGUCGAGAGAGAGAGAGAGGGGUGGAAAAGGGGAGAGGGAAGGGAGAGAGAGAGAGAGAGAGAGAGAGAGAGAGAGAGAGAAGCGCGUGGCAGACGCGCGACGAUAUUUUGGCGGGAGAGUCGUAAAAAUAGUGCCUCCGCGGUUUCCUUCCUUCGGCUACGGGACUAUAAUUAGCAGAUCGCGACGUAGAUUUGUCCGCGACGACUCCCCGCAGGUCGCGUCGUCGGUCGACCGUCUCUCUCGGCGCCACAACCGAUGUUCUAGCCAACGAGGACACGGACGAGGAAGCGGAGGAUGCCGCGCGACGCAUCCGGGACACGCCGAUGCAGCGGGCAUCGGCGGGACGCGAGCCGCGGCGCCGGCUGUUUCUCGCAGGGUGCGCGAUGAUGGCGGAACGCGCGCGGACAGGGGCAGUAUCGUCCGGGCCGUCGAUCGAGCACGUGGCAAUCAUCGCCCAUCGCGACGCCGAGCGCAACAGGAGCACGUGCGAGCACCUGGGACGCGCGACGGGAUAAUAUAAAUGCCAGAACGGCACGCCGGCAUCGCGAGUAGCCGAGGUGGCACGACGAUCGCCGUGAACGUGGUGCACGAAGGGCAAGCCGUGGUGAUACCAGCGAGACGACGCAACGCUGGCGAUAUCGUCGUCGUCGUCGUCGUCGUCGUCACCGAGAACGGACCAGUUCCUGGAGAGGAGGAGGAGGAGGAGGAGGAGGAGAAGAAGAAGAAAGGAGAUUGUUGGGACGCGUGCUUGCAUGUAGAUCGCGAAAUCAGUCGCGUCAGCGAGAGAGACACGCGGCAGGAGCAGCAGGAGAUAGGAGAGGAGAAAGAGAACCAAGUUGAUCGUCGCGAGCGGAUCGUGGACUGUGCACGCCGAACUGAACGGCCUCGCGGAUUUUCAUCGUACGGCAGGGGCUAGCGGGAGCCACCACGGGGGCGGGGGUGGGCUUGCCCCUGCUUCUUCUCGUUGUUGCUCUCCUCGACAAUCUUACGCGCGCGACAACGGCCGCGUCGCCGCCGUCGCCACCGCCGCCGCCGUC